UUUGCUAGGUGCGCCUGUUAAGCCCAAAAUCGACCGUUAAGCAGCUCUAUGAAAUUAGGCCCUGGAGGUUGGGCCAAUUAACUCUGGUCAUACAUGUACCAUGGAGCUUUCAAAAUGAUGGUCAUAUACCAUUCAGUUUUCCCUGUGCCUUAUCAAUGAUGUCACUUUUGCUUAAAAUACCUGUUAAUGAAAUUUGAAAUUUUUGUCUGAGAUCGGGGUACUUGGCUUUUAUUUUUAACAUCAGUGCAGAAUGCUAUUGAUAAAAUCUAUCUGUACAAAUAAUCUGGGUAUUAGUCUGUACCUCCUAUCCCAUUAUCCCAUUAUCAUUGUUGUGUAUGAUCAGUUUGUGUAUGUGCAGUGAACAAUGUUCAUUGUUGUGUCAGUUUGUGUACCAUGCAGUGAUUUAUUAUGUUGUGCAGCUACAGUGCAGUGCAGGAAUAGUAUUCAAAUAGUGUGUAAUAGCAUCGGGAUAGCAAUCAUGGUAGGAUAUUCAUAAAAAUAGUUGUUGGAGAGCGUUUCAAGAUGGUUCUGUGGAAACGCUGAUAUCUUCCUGUGAUAACAGCUCAUUUCUACCACAGAUCUGUAUAGGACCCGGUUCAGUCAAGGAGGUCUUAUUUGUGGGAAUCCACCUCUCCAACACCCUGAACCAUGGGGAUAGAGUUUGACGAUGCCUUGGAGUUAGUUGGAGGAUUGGGCUACAUCCAGAAAAUACACCUUCUAGCUCUCCUUGUCAACCAGUUAUUCCAUGCACCAUUUAUCAUGACAUUGGCUUUUGUCGGGAGGGAACCGACGUUUGUGUGUAAAGACCGUCCGAGCUUGAACCCUUGCCAGCUCAACCCACCCUGCCGGGAGUUUGUUUAUGCCAAAGAUUUCACGUCCAUUGUGUCCGAGUGGGACCUUGUUUGUGAGAAGAAAAGAGACUCCGGUAACACUCAGUCCCUCGUCAUGUUUGGUUUCUUGGCCGGGGUUCUCGUUCUUGGACGGACAUCUGACAAGUACGGCCGACUCAAGACCUUUUUCUGGGGGUCACUAGCCAUGGUCGUUGCACAGUUGGGGUCUGGGUUCUCUACAAAUUUAUACCAGUAUGCUCUCUCAAGAUUCUUAGUUGGUUUCUUCUACGGAGGUGGAGGUUUAGCCGGCCAUAUACUCUUUGUGGAGGCAUUGCUGCCCAAAACACGUGCACUCAUCAGUACGGUCUUCCACUGUGCAUUUGCAGUAGGAAUCGCGGUGUUUGGAUUGAUGGCCUACUCUGCACCAGACUGGAGGGAUUUAACCUUUCUGACUUGUGUGCCGAUGAUUUUCCUGUUGAUCAUUCCAUGCAUAGUACCCGAGUCUGCCCGUUGGCUCGCUAUGAACGGACAAAUCGACAAAGCAGAGGCAAUCCUAUUGUACAUGGGAAAGAAAAAUGGGAUAAAGGUUACACGGGCCAUGGUCACCCUGGUGGACAAGAGGGAAGAUGAUAAAAGAAAGACAUCUGAGGGGAUGAUGGAUCUCUUCAGAACCCCGGUUAUGAGGAUGAGAAUGAUAACCCUUAUGUUUACAUGGUUUACUGCUUGUAUGGCAUACUACGGUCUGACAUUCGGUGCUAGGAAUCUAGGCGGGAAUAUGUACCUGAAUUUUGCUCUUUCUGGACUGGUGGAAAUACCAGCAUGUGUCUUGAGCAUCUACACAUUAGACAGGUUUGGACGCCGACCGACCAUGACAGUGUCUAUGUUGAUUUCAGGCUUUGCCUGCAUAGGAGUAGUAGUCAUGCCAAAUGCUGCUGAAACCACCCUUUUCUCAGCUCAGACGUGUCUGGCGCUAACCGGUAAAAUGGGCGUCUGCGUCGCCUUCACUACGGCUUAUUUAUUCUCAAGUGAACUCCUACCGACAGUCCUCAGGACCACUGCCAUGGGAGUGUGCUCAAUGUCAGCUCGGGUUGGAGGAAUGAUUGCACCAACUCUCCCACCGUUUGGAGAGAGCAUUUCCUACAUGGCGUUUGGUAUCACUGCAUUAGUAAGCGCUUGUCUUGAUCUUCGCCUACCAGAGAGUCUUAAUAAACCCCUCCCAGAAACUAUUGCCGACGUUGAGAAGAAAACAGUCAAGUAUUCAACGAAAGCAGACGGGGGUCAACAUUAGCUAGCAAUAAUGUCCUUAAAGGCACUGGGGUGGAUUUCACAAAGAGUUAGGACUAGUCUUAUCUCGA